UUCACUUUACAAACAUGACGAAUAGUGAAGGUGAAUGAUAGGUGCUCUAAUCCCUCUCCACUCCAUCUAAAACUUGAAAAUAAAUUUUACCUUAGUUAUACUUUAAAUUUGCCAUUGCUCCCACAUUGUGUAAUUCUUAUUUAAUUGCAGUGUUAUAAUACAGUAACAGUGCAUUCAAGUUUAUUUUUGAUAUUGUCUUGCAUAAUAAUAUUGUUUUUCUCGUUUUGUUUCCUCUAGUCUGGAGCAAAUGUACUUUUGCAAGAUGUGAAUGGCAACAUUGCACUUGACUACGCCACAGAGGGAACAGAGUCCAAUUCUAUACUUCUGACAUAUUUAGAAGAAAAUGGUGUUGAUCUGACCUCAUUGCGACAGAUAAGGACCCAGAGAGCAGCAGUGAUGUUAUCUGAUGUGAAGCAGCUGCUGGCUGUUGGAGGAAGUGUUAAUGAGAAAAAUGAUGAUGGCGUGACUCUUCUUCACAUAGCCUGUGCUGGUGGCUAUAAGGAUGUGGCUUGCAAGUUAUUAGAGCACAAUGCUGAUCCAGAUGCUCAGGAUAACCAAUACUGGACUCCUCUUCAUUUGGCUGCAAAAUAUGGACAGACAAGCCUAGUAAAAGUUCUUUUGGUCCAUCAAGCAAACCCAAAUAUUAUCAACUGUAAUGGGGAUAAACCUUCAGACAUUGCUGCAACAGAAUUCAUACAAGACAUGUUAUUCAAGGCUGAAGAUAUCUCAGAAGAAAGGAAAAUGGACCCUUCCUUUUCCUCCAUCUUCCAGGAAGAUCAGUAUGAAGAAACCCUACAAGAUCUUCCGCUGGGUACCAGUAAACUACGUCCAAUGGCAAUACCAAUUUCUAAGCAAGAUAGUUUGCUGGAAAAAGACACAAUGUUCAGAGAUUCAACAAAGACAUUAAACAAGCAUUACUCACAAGACAAUGCUUCUGAAAGAAUCAAUGUGACCAGUUCUGCUAAAUUGGAACAGAUCAAAUUAAUGCCAGCAGCUCCAAAUGAUGACUUAGCAACUCUCAGUGAACUCACGGACAGCAGCCUGUUGUAUGAGAUACAGAAAAGGUUCAAAAACAACCAAAUUUAUACCUAUAUUGGAAAUAUUCUGCUGCUUGUUAACCCAUACAGAGAUCUCCCCAUCUACUCAUCCUUGGUCACACAAUUGUAUCAUAACAUCUCUGGCCGCUUAUGUUCUUCUCUUCCUCCUCACAUAUUUGCCUGUUCGGAGAGGGCUUACCAUAUGGUUUUCCAAGAGAGGAGACCACAGUGCUUUAUCUUAAGUGGCGAAAGUGGUUCUGGGAAGACAGAAGCCUACAAGCACAUUAUUAAACACCUGGCCCUCAGGUGUAGUUCCCGCAAAUACUCCCUUCAUUCAAAGAUUAAACAUGUAAAUACAAUCCUAGAAGCAUUUGGGCAUGCCAAAACAACACUUAAUAAUUCUUCUAGUCGUUUCAUAAAAUUUCUUGAGCUACAGUUUUGUGAAAGGACAUCAACUUUAUGGGGAGCCAGACUGUACACAUAUAUGCUGGAGAAGACCCGUCUCAUCGCUCAAGCUCAAGGCCAAAGUAACUUCCUAAUAUUUUACCUAAUGAUGGAUGGCCUGUCUGCUGAAGAGAAAUAUAACCUGUAUCUCAGGAGCACAUCAGCACACAGGUAUCUGAAUCAGACAAAGCCGGAGGAGCUACAUAGCACACAAAACAGAGAGAAAUUGGCUAACUUCAAACAAGCACUAAACGCUCUGGGGUUCAAUAGUCUUGAAGUGGAGAAUAUAUUCAUGAUUCUGUCAGCUAUUCUGCAUAUUGGGGAUAUCCGAUUUACAGCCCUAACGGAUGCAGAAACAGCCUUUGUGUCUGAUCUGCAGCUCCUAGAACAAGUGGCAGGAAUGCUGCAGAUAUUGCCAGAUGAGCUAUCUACUGCCUUAACAACAGAUGUGCAAUACUUUAAAGGAGAUAUGAUUACACGUAGACAUUCUAUGGAAACUGCAGAAUUCUAUCGGGACCUACUUGCAAAAUCAUUGUAUUGUCGUCUGUUUAGCUAUUUAGUAAAUAAUGCCAAUUUCUACCUCCAAAAUCAAAGUGAUCAGAGCAGCUAUCCACCCCUCACAAUUGGAAUUUUGGACAUGUUUGGCUUUGAAGACUUUCAAAAAAAUUCAUUUGAACAACUGUGCAUUAAUCUUGCCAAUGAAAAAAUCCACCAGUAUAUGAAUGAACUGCUUUUCCUGCAAGAACAAACUGAAUGUGCACAAGAAGGAGUUUCCAUGGAAACCAUGUAUUGUCCUGGAAACCAUACAACAGUACUGGAUUUUUUCUUCCAGAAGCCAUUAGGUUUUCUGUCUGUUCUAGAUGAGGAAAGCCAGUCCAUUCAUUCCAUGGAACAAAGCCUCUCCAAACGGCUGCAGUCACUCUUGGAGACAUCAAAUUCAAAUACAGUGUACACAUCAGUAAAAGAUGGCAAUGGCAAUGUCACAACUAAGGAUCAAGGUCCCGUCUUCACAAUUAUGCAUUAUGCAGGAAGGGUCACUUAUGAUAUUUCUGGAGCAAUUGAGAAAAACAAAGAUGUUCUAUCUCAGAAUCUUCUUUUUGUCAUGAAAACCAGUGAAAAUGUGAUAGUCAACCAGAUGUUUCAGUCAAAGCUGACUCAAACAGGAUCGCUUAUACCCCUGUAUCCACCUUUGAAGCUCAGAGGACCCAAAGCAGCCUUACUUUUUAAAAAAACACUAACCACAUCACAUGGAGAGACCAAAAAGAUUCUGGAACUUAGUAAGUUGUUGAAAAAAAAAAGGAUCAUACUCAUUUAUUCAAAAGUUGGAACGUGGAGGCCCCACUACUGUGACUAUACAACUCAGGAAAUCUCUCACAGAACUGAUCGGGAAGAUACAAAGCAGCACACUUCAUCUCAUGCAUUGUAUUAAGCCUAAUAGUUCUAAACUGGCAGAAACCUUUGAUAAUUUUUAUGUGUCAGCACAAUUGCAAUAUAUUGGAGUGUUGGAGAUGGUGAAAAUUAUACGUCAUGGUUAUCCAGUACGUUUGGCUUUCCCUGACUUCCUAUCAAGGUAUAAGCACUUAACAGAAAUUUUAACAAGAGAGAAACACAAAGCAUCACCAGAAGAGAAAUGCCGCCAUGUUCUUGAGCAAUGCAAACAGCAAGGAUGGCAGAUUGGUACUCGCAAAGUGUUUAUGAAAUAUUGGCAAGCUGAUCAACUUAAUGACAUGUGUGUUCAGCUGCAGAGGAAAAUUAUACUAUGUCAGAAAGUUAUAAGGAUGUUUCUAGCUCGACAACAGCUGCGGCAUAGAAUGAACAUAAAACAAAAUGAAGUUACUUGCAUAGAAGACUUCCUUCUGUCUGUAGAGCACACAGGGCAACAAACAUACAAUUCGUUGCUUAUCCAAAAUGCAGCUGACAUUGCUCGAGAAAAAGACAAACUUUGCUCUGAUUCAGAGGCUGCUAGCAACAAAACAGUACCAGCUUUGGAUAAAGCAGACAUUCCAAACAGAAAUGAAGGCAUGGGUAAAAGGAUGUUGAAAAGCACCUUUGGAGGAUACCGUUCUACACCUAACUUGUUUCAUUCAGAUUCCAUUACGAUUCCGCUAAGUGUGGGAAGCUUGGCACAGUCUGCACCUGGAACAUCUGGCAGAUCCAUGUCUCUGCACACAGUAUUAAGUUUAGAUGACAGUGGUAACCUACAGUCACCUAGAAAACAGCCUCCUCCAAAACCAAAGAGAAACCCUACUACAAGAUUAAGUGCUUCUUAUGAAGCUGUUAGUGCGUGUCUUAUUGCUGCAGCCAAGGAUCUUGAUAAUGAAGCUCUCUACCGGCCAAGACCACAUAGUGAUGAUUACAGCACCAUGAAAAAAAUUCCACCACCAAAACCAAAGAGAAGUCCCAAUACAAAGCUUAGUGGCUCCUAUGAGGAGAUAUCCGUCCAUAGAUUUGGUGAAGUAAAAUCAUUAAGUGUGCUAGUCAGAAAAUGCAGUCGGGAUAUGGGAACCAUACAAAGAGCAGCCUCUGCAGAUGGACCACAUCCAGGGAUGCUGUCUGUAUAUAUGUCACAAGAAGAAGAUGAUAAUGAGCCAGUAUAUAUAGAGAUGGUUGGUAAUGCUAAGAAGAGUUGUCCACCAGAAGUUGGCAGUCCAGAACAAGGAGAAGCUGUAUAUGAGGAGAUGAAAUAUUUCAAUCCUGAUCAGAUAAAUAGCAACACUGUGCAGACCAGUGCCUCACACUUUUUUUUGUCAAAUAUGAACUUAGUUGAUGGCUGUGCCAUAAGUAAAAAAGACGAUGACCAGUUCAGGGAAACGUACGACAUACCAGCUCCUUUUCCAAACCUCCUUCCUCAUCGACCUCCUCUGCUGGUAUUUCCUCCUGCCCCAGUUACUUGUUCACCUGCAUCUGAUGAGUCCCCCUUGACUCCAUUAGAAGUAAUAAAACUUCCUGUACUUGAAACCAACAUAAACUAUUCUAUACAGUCCGAAUGUUCAAGUCCAAUAUCUCCUCAGUGUGCAAAAUAUCAAAAAGGGGGACAGUGAAAUACCUUCAUCACCAGCACAGAGUUCAUUUUGUGUUACAAACAAAAUGUCCCCACCUUCUACACCUCCACUGCAACCAACCUCAGCUCCUUACAGUUCCACUACACACUUUACUUUUCCCACUGAGACUCCAUAUGCCUUGUUAGUUAAUUCUGCAAAGAGGUCUCUUCAUACAGAUACCCUAAAAACUCUUUGCAGACCUAGUCCUUCUGUAAUUGAUACUUCUUCUAGCACAGUGACCAAAUUGCCCUUUUCUUCACCAGUAAAAAUUCCAAGGACUAUUCAAACUAAAUCUCCUACUGUAUUUCCAGCCAGCGUAACCAACAGUAGCAAUGUGACAAGUCCUCUGGAUGAGUUAACUACCCUUUUUAAUUCAGGGAGGAGUCUACUUAGAAAAUCAGCAGCUGGCAGGAAAAUUCGUGAAAUGGAAGGUGUUGAGCUGAAUCUGAAUACAAGCACUGGGGAAGAUACCGCAAUGCCAGAUACUCAAGAUACGAAUGCAAAUAAUCAAGAUAACCAGCCAUUAAGCACUUUAUCUACCUGUGAACCAUGUGAGAAUGGAAACUCUGUUUCUAGUGGUCUAGAAGAAGAUUUGAAUUGUAAAUAUCGUAGCAGCACAACAAAUGCUUCAGUACCAAGGAACAAAGAAAACUACAGUAGCCAGGUUAUUCAUCAAUUAAGGCUAUCUGAGAAUGAGAGCGCCUGCAUUACAAGAGCUAAUGGAUUGGAGACGAAAGCUUUGUGAAGACUCGGAGGACUGGCAGAAAGACUUGACAAAGACUGAACAGACAAAUGCUGCUUCAACUCAAUCCUCUUAG